AUGUAUCCCCAGGGUCGACACCCGACACCCCACCAGGCCCCAGGCCAACCUUUCAAAUUCACCAUCCCAGAGUCACUGGACCGCAUCAAAGAGGAGUUCCAGUUUCUCCAAGCUCAGUACCACAGUUUGAAAUUGGAGUGUGAGAAGCUGGCCAGUGAGAAGACAGAGAUGCAGAGGCACUAUGUUAUGUACUAUGAAAUGUCUUACGGGCUGAACAUUGAAAUGCACAAACAGACCGAGAUUGCCAAGAGGCUCAAUACCAUCUGUGCACAAGUCAUCCCCUUCCUCUCACAGGAGCACCAACAGCAGGUGAUCCAGGCAGUGGAGAGGGCCAAGCAGGUUACCAUGGGCGAACUCAAUUCUGUCAUCGGGGUACGUGGCCUUCCCGGUCUACCACCCACAGUAAAUGCACUCUCUACUACAACUUCCCGUCAUCAGCAUCUGUCCCACGCGCACGGCCCCCAUGUCCCCCUCACCCCCCACCCGGCUGGGCUCAACCCAGCCCACUUGGGGGGAGGGGCCAGCCUGCUCGCCCUGUCCAGUGCCCUGGGGGCGCCACUGCACCACCUGGUGGGCAAAGAGGACAAGAAACACCCGGCGGAGGCUGAGCAGCUGAGAGAGCAAGAGCCGGGCACAAGUAAUACCCUGCCGGUUGCUGACAGUUUGAGGAACUCAGACAAGCGACGCAACGGACCUGAACUCCCCAACGACACCAAGAAGAGGAAAGUAGAGGACAAGGACUCUAGUCAUUAUGAUAGUGAUGGAGAGAAGAGUGAUGACAACCUGGUGGUGGAUGUCUCCAAUGAGGAUCCUGCCUCCCCUCAUGGUACGCCCCUGCCCUCCCCCAGAGAGAACGGGCUGGACAAGACACGCCUCCUGAAGAAGGACCCAUCCUGUAGCCCCGCCUCCACAGCCUCCUCUGCAAGCUCCUCCUCCCUCAAGUCCAAAGAGAUGGGAAUGCGUGACAAGCCGGGUACGCCUCAACCGAAGUCGAGCACUCCCACUCACCGAGGAGACUCCACCCCCGGACCCAGUGCCACACCCACUCUCCGCCCCAGCCUAUCCAAGCCCCCCUCCAUGGAGCUACCUCACCCACCUACCGCUGGUCUGCGGACUCCGCUGGCGGUGUCAGGGCCGUACCCCGGGCCGUUUGGCAUGCUGCCUCACGCCGCCAUGAAUGGGGAGCUGUCAAGUGCCGGCGCAGGCUACGCCGGCCUCCACAACAUGUCCCCUCAGAUGAGCGCUGCGGCGGCUGCCGCUGUGGCUGCCUACGGACGCUCCCCUAUGGCCGGCUUUGACCCUCAUCCUCACAUGAGAGUCCCUGGAAUGACCUUAUCAGGCAUCCCUGGAGGCAAACCAGCCUACUCCUUCCAUGUUAGCGCCGAUGGACAGAUGCAGCCGGUACCGUUCCCUCCAGAUGCCCUGGUGGGCCCUGGCAUCCCGCGCCAUGCACGCCAGAUCAACACGCUGAACCACGGUGAGGUGGUCUGUGCUGUCACCAUCAGCAACCCCACGCGCCAUGUCUACACAGGCGGCAAGGGCUGCGUCAAGGUCUGGGACAUCAGUCACCCUGGCAACAAGAGUCCUGUGUCCCAACUGGACUGCCUGAACCGAGACAACUAUAUCCGCUCGUGCCGGCUGCUCCCCGACGGCCGGACGCUCAUCGUGGGGGGCGAGGCCAGCACACUGUCAAUCUGGGACCUAGCCACGCCCACUCCACGCAUCAAGGCGGAGCUGACCUCCUCAGCCCCGGCCUGCUAUGCCCUGGCCAUCUCCCCUGACUCCAAGGUGUGCUUCUCCUGCUGCAGCGAUGGGAACAUCGCCGUCUGGGACCUGCACAACCAGACCCUGGUCAGACAGUUCCAGGGCCACACAGACGGAGCCAGCUGUAUUGACAUCUCCAACGAUGGGACCAAGCUGUGGACGGGUGGGCUGGACAACACCGUACGCUCCUGGGACCUAAGAGAGGGACGCCAGCUGCAGCAGCACGACUUCACCUCACAGAUCUUUUCUCUGGGGUACUGUCCGACGGGAGAGUGGCUGGCGGUGGGGAUGGAGAGUAGUAAUGUGGAGGUGCUCCACGUCACUAAGCCAGACAAGUACCAGCUCCACCUCCACGAGAGCUGUGUGCUCUCUCUCCAGUUUGCUUCCUGUGGUAAAUGGUUUGUGAGCACAGGGAAGGAUAACCUGCUGAAUGCGUGGAGGACACCGUACGGAGCCAGUAUAUUCCAGUCGAAGGAGUCUUCGUCAGUGCUAAGCUGUGACAUCUCAGUGGAUGAUAAGUACAUAGUUACAGGUUCUGGAGAUAAGAAGGCCACUGUCUAUGAAGUCAUCUACUAGACUGCACUGAACAUUCUCUAUACAUGACCAUUCAUGGGCAGAGCUUCCAGAACAAUUGAUGAUGGACAGACGGGCGGAUGUAUGCAUGGAUAUGGAGAGAUGGACCGAAACCUCAUUAUAGACAGAUGGACAGAAAGGCGGACCGAAACCUCAGAGGUGCCGAAUUAAUGGCAUUGUAGUUUAUUUUUACAGACAAAGAAUGUGAAUGGCCAGGUGACCUCCUACCAUUUGUGACCUCUGACCUCAGCUUGCUCUUCUUUCAGACAUGACUUUCCACUCAGACCUUUCACACCCUAGUACUGUGUCCUUUCCUACAUGUCUGCUAUUGCUAUUGUGUAAUUAGUUUUCUUUUCUUUGUAUUUUAUCGGUCGAGUACUUGUAAAAAGUGUAUAUAUUUGUUUUCUUACAGUAAUUGCUUUAGAAAUAACAAAUGUUUGGUAUGUCUUUUACAUGGAAAAUAUCUAACCAGGAAAAAACACUAAAUGGUCUUAAUGCUA